AUGUUACCAAAAUUACAAAGAAAAUGGCCAACAAUAGAAAAAGAACCAUUAGCCAUUUAUUAUUGUGUUACACGUAUGAAAUCGUAUUUAUUAGGUCGUGAAUUUAUUAUUCAAACUGAUCAUUGUUCUUUACGUGACAUGCAUAAAAAGCCAUCAAACAAUCAAAUUCGUCAUGUGUCGGGUAAAUGUAAUUGUAUGGCUGAUUAUUUAAGUAGAUAUUCACGUCAAUUAGAAGAUGACGAUGAAUUUAUCGAACAUGAUUUUGGUGAUAUACCUACUAUUCAACAUCCAACAAUUGAAUCGACAUCAACAAAUUAUCAACAAGUACAAAGACAUAUGGUUGGUGCAGUAGUAACAAGAGCUCAAGAAAAAGCAAAUGUUCAUUUAAAUUCUUCAACAACACCAGAUACUCCUAUUGAAGAAAAAUUAUCUAUAGAUGAUUAA